AUGGCUCUGGCCCCUAAACUAGCUGCCGAAAAAGCCGGAAGAAGAAUUUCUUUAUGGAAAUGUUACUGGCUCACAUUUUGGAGAACGCUAUUUGUUGGAGGCAUUAUGAAGAUCAUGGGAGAUGUGGUCAACCUGAUUGGUCCUCUUUCUAUCAGCAUUAUAUUAGCUUAUGUUGCUUCAGUGAAAGACGACUCUCUUCCUCAUGGAACAGCUGAAGAGCCGUUUUUUCCUACUUCGUGGGAGUUUUUACAAAAUGGUUUUGUCAUGUGUGUUGUUGUUCUUGUGUCUACCUUCCUGCAAAGUACUUUUUCAAACAAUUUCAACCAUUUAGCCAUAGCAGAAGGUACACAUCUUAGAACAGCUCUGCAAGUUCUUGUAUAUAAGAAGUCAUUGAAAAUGAAUUCAGCUUCCGGUCUGGAUACGGGGGCUUUGGUCAAUCACAUGGCUGUUGAUGCAUUCAACAUGAUGAUGCUGUUUUCAAUGGGGCACUAUAUCUGGGCUGUUCCACUUAAGGUCACAUUGCUUCUCAUUUUACUAUAUGCUCAGCUGGGGUACAGUGCUUUGAUUGGCUCAGCAACUGUGAUUUUUCUUGUUCCUAUUCAGUAUUACAUUUGCAGACUUUUAUCUCGUAUACAAGGAAAAGCUCUGGAUGUUUCCGACGAGCGUCUGAAGAAAACUACUGAGCUUCUUCAAGGAAUAAAACUUCUGAAGUUGUAUGGUUGGGAGAGAACUUAUGCCAAUCUAGUUAAGAAAAUUCGAGAUAAAGAGCUGAAAAUUUUGAAAAGUGAUUCCAUUUGUGUCGCUUUCAACACAUUUAUCACCCAAACUUCAUCAAUUAUUGUUACUCUUGUGACAUUUUCAUUGUUCUCAAAAAUUGAAGGAAGACCUUUGUCACCACCUGAUGUUUUUACUGGUCUAGCCUUGUUCAACCAGUUGACUGUUCCAUUGUACAUCAUUCCUUUUGUAAUUCCCAUGGUUAUCAAUGCUGUUGUAAGCACCAGGAGACUCACUGAUUUCUUAGUGAUGCCUGAAGUUGAUUUGACGUUGCCAUGGAGAGAUGAUCCCGAUGCCCCAGAAGCUACGGUCGAGUUUGUUCCAGAAAGUGGAAGUGUGUUGCUUCAUCUAAAGGAAAAUUCUUUUGACAGUCGUGGAUAUCUUUCUGGUUCAGAAGAAGGAGACGGAGUUUUUCUGCCAGAAUUUUAUAAUUACACACCGUCAGAAGAAAAUACCCUUUUAACCAUCAAGAAAGGAAGUUUUUCAUAUGAUACUUCUUAUACAAUACCUAGCCUCAGAGAUAUCAAUGUCCAGAUUCCAAAUGGAAAGCUGACUGUUGUUGUGGGUUCUGUGGGCAGUGGAAAAUCAUCUCUCCUGUCAGCCAUCCUUGGUGAGCUUCAUGUAAUAAGUGGAUCUAUUAGUUGGAAUAGUUGUCCUGUGAUUGCAUAUGUUCCUCAGAAGCCUUGGUUGAUAAAUGCUACUCUUAAAGAAAAUAUUUUGUUUGGUCAGCCUUAUGAUGGUCGCAGAUAUCAUCAAGUUAUUCAAGCUUGUGCUUUGCAACCUGAUAUUGACCUUCUACCAGCUAGAGAUAUGACAGAAAUUGGUGAGAGAGGAUUAAAUCUCAGUGGUGGCCAGAAACAGAGAAUUGCUCUUGCCAGAGCAUUUUAUUCCCCUGCUCGAUUAGUUAUCUUGGAUGAUCCACUGUCAGCAUUAGAUGCCCACGUGGGUGCAUAUGUGUUUGAGCACGGUGUUAGAACGUUGUUGUUGAGAAGGCAUCGAACUGUUAUAUUGGUUACUCAUAAGUUGGAAUUUUUAUCUUCUGCAACCAAGAUACUUUUGAUGGAAAAUGGUACCAUAAAAAAAGAUGGGUCACCUAAAGAAAUGGAGUCUUUCUUGCAAGAUUUAAAUUUUAAUCUAAGGAAACCAAAGAAACCUUUUGGUAGUGAAGGUAAUCAAGCUGAUGGUACUUCAAGAGAGAGACACAAGUUAGUUCGCUUAUUGUCAAGGCAAACAUUGUACAGAACUAUAUCAUCACAGGACAUUAAACCUCGUGCGAGAUUAGUGUCACUGAGUCGGCAGAUGUCUCAUGAUCCUUCCAGUCCCUUACCUUGCCAUGACUGGGGUGACCACGAUGAUCCUUUGCCUGCCAUCGCGGAUCCCGAUGAUCCUGACACAGGACACAAGUUGCUCAAUCGCAUGAAGAGUGUGGAGAGCUUGCGUUCGAGGUCCAGUGCUAGCUCAGCGAGUGUGGUCAGGCGUUCGUGGAAGUGCCCACCAUCGAGGCUCAAUUCAAGGAUAUCUACGAGGACAGAUGAUCUCAUUGAAGAGGAGGAUGAGGAAGAUGAAGAUGAAGCUAGUGAAAAAAUAUCCAGUGCGUGUGAACAGAUUCAACUGCCUGAUGGGAAGUUAAUAAAGGAGGAGGAGAGGGAGAAGGGGAAAAUAUCCAAGCAAGUGUACAUCAUGUACAUGAAAGCUUGUACAUUAUCCCUAUCUCUGCUAGUCAUCUUUCUUAUUGUAACCACACAGGCGAUGAAAAUGGGAACCGAUUUCUGGCUCUCUGUUUGGUCUGAAUCUUCUAGUUCUUUUGACACUGAAGAGGAAACUAAUGAUGUUUUUAAUGAUGAUGAGAAAAAGGAUGAUCUGCAUUAUUACAUAGUGGUAUACGCCAUAUUGUCUGCUGCUAGUAUAAUACUUGCAUUUAUAACCAAUUUGUCUGCACAAUUGACUUCACUUAAAGCUGUCAAAGUUCUGCAUAAUAGGAUGUUGUAUAACAUUGUUCAGUGUCCCAUGAAAUUUUUUGAUUCCACACCUGUUGGAAGAGUUAUUAACAGAUUUUCAUCUGAUAUGAGUACCAUUGAUAAGAAACUACCAGUUACGCUUCCGAUACUGUUGAGAUUCAUUUUAUUGUGUUUGUCUGCCAUAGUUGUAGAUAUGAUUGUGACCCCAUAUUUCAUUAUCGUGGUUGUUCCAGUUGCUGCUAUUUAUUAUUUCUUACAACAUUUCUUUCGAUUCACAUCAAGAGAACUCCAAAGACUUGACUGCAUUACAAAAUCUCCAGUUUAUGCACAUUUUUCAGAAACUGUUUGUGGACUUUCUACCAUUAGAGCCUUUAGAGCUGAAAAUAGAUUCACAGAGAUGAUCAUGACGUGCAUUGAUGUGAAUAACACAGCUUUCAUCCUCGUAAACUGUGCCAAUUGCUGGCUUGGAGUUUCAUUGGAUUACCUUGGUGGCGUAAUUCUUUUCAUUGCAACUCUCUCCUCAAUGUUAGCUUCCAUUUAUGGAAAUGUGUCUGAAGCCUUUGUUGGAAUGUCCAUGACUUAUACUUUGUUGGUGCCAAUUUAUUUAAACUGGGUUGUGAGAAAUUUAGCAAGUACAGAAAUGUAUAUGAGUGCCAUAGAAAGAGUUCGUAAUUAUUCAAAGCUUCCUAUAGAAUCUGGACAUCUAAAAGAUCUCCCAGGCGUGGAUGAAGAUUGGCCUACUGGAGGUGCUAUAUCAUUCAAGAACGUCACAAUGAAAUAUGAUUCAAAUGCUGACCCAGUGUUGAAAAAUGUUUCAUUAACUAUCAAACCUGGAGAAAAGGUUGGAAUAUGUGGCAGAACUGGAAGUGGAAAAUCAUCGCUCAUCAUGGCACUGUAUCGAAUGGUGAACACCAUCAGUGGUAAAAUUGAAAUUGAUGGUGUUGACAUCCAAGAUGUCCCACUUGAAACUUUGAGAUCUAGGUUGUCCAUUAUUCCUCAGGAGGCUGUCAUAUUUUCAGGAACUGUUAGGGAAAAUUUAGAUCCUGGGAAACAGUAUUGUGAUAAGGAAAUAUGGAAUGCCCUAGAGGCAGCUCAGUUAAAAAACAUCAUUGCUGCAAUGCCUGGAGGUUUAGAUGCUCAAGUUUCUGAUGAAGGGUCAAACAUGAGUGCUGGACAACAUCAGUUGUUCUGCUUGGCCCGUGCACUUAUCAGGAAAUCAAAGAUCCUUGUCAUGGAUGAAGCUACGUCAUCUUUAGAUCCCGAAACUGAUCACAUUCUCCAGAGUGUAGUGGCCGAACAUUAUGCUGAUUGUACAGUUCUUUCUAUUGCUCACCGUGUUCAAAGUAUUUUGGAGUUUGACAAAGUCAUAGUUCUCGAUGCGGGAAGAGUUGCUGAAGUCGGAAAUCCCAAGGAGCUGCAGGAAGUAAAGGGAAGUAUCUUUGCUUCACUCGUUAAAGCAAGCUACCAGACUCAUUGACAUCAGCCUAGGAAGUCUCAUUUUGAGUUUGUCAUCCUUGAACGAAUGUUUUAAUUCUGAAGAUGGACAUUUCCAUAGAAAUUUAAAAGAAUGUGCUUUGAAUGUACUACUCCCAAAUGGUGACUGUGUGACUCAUAGAAAAGGUGGUGGAUAUGAAUCGAAAUAGGAAAUAUUCAUUAAGUUUUGCCUUUAU